AUGCCAGGAUUUAAUUUAGAUGAAUAUCAGGAGGAGGUCGAAGAUAAUAGUAGAAAUGAUAAUGGAGAUGAUUAUGAAGAUAAUAAUAGAGAUAAUAAUGGGGAUAAUGGUGGAGAUGAUAGGGGAAAACCAGGACUUUGUUGCAUGAAUAGUGAAGUUGUAUUAGCACCACUUCAAGCACCACUACCAGAAAUUCUUUAUUUGCUUAUAGAAAAAGAUCCAAUAUCUAAAGUACCAUUUGUUGACAAAAUAAGAGCAUAUAAUCAAGCAUUUGCUUUUAUAUCAAUUGCUACUAAUUUAGAUUUGGAUGGUGAUUAUCAUCAUCAAAUUAACUCAGCUUUGGUAAAACAAGAGGAAAUACCAAAAUUUUCCCAAAUAUAUUUUCAUAAUUCUUCAGAUAUUGAAGCACAAAUUGAUAGAAAACAUGAUGUAAUGAAGCAAUUAUUAAACAGGGAUAUGAUAAAUAUUAUCCAAAAUCAUGGCAAAGAUAUGAGACAAUAUAAUGCACUAUCGGCUAAAGAAGUAGCUGCAAUUUGUUUUUCUGAUGAAACUAUUCAUGUAAGAGAUAUUCUUAUUGUAAGACAUGAUGAUAAAUUAGAAAGAAUAUCUGAAUUACAUGGUGAAUAUGAUCCUUUAGCAUAUCCUAUGCUAUUCCUACGUGAGAAUAUGAUUAUUUCUCAAAACUCUAAAGCCUCUAAAACUUCUGAAGCUGAAGCUGGAGCAAGUGAUAUCUCUAAUAUUAACUUUGAUACUUUAUUAGAAAGAGAAUUACAAAGUGAAACAGGAUUAACAAGUGUUUUGGAAUCUGCAACUAUUAGAAGUUCAUCAAGUAUGGUGAGUCUUGAUGAUGAAAAUAUUGAUGCAGAUAAUAAAGAAUAUUUAGAAAGUAGAUCUUCUGUAAAAAAGGGAAAAAAAAGAGCUAGAGAAGAAACAGAAGAAGUUCAAGCUCAAGCAGAAGAUGAUAAUGAUCUUUAUAAUCCU